AUGACAGUGGAAUGGUGGAGCAAUGGAGUACCGAUAAGGCCCAACUGUGACAGUGGAACAGUGAAGCAGUGGAGUACCGAUAAGGCCCAACUCUGGCAGUCACUGAUACAGAACAGUCAGAUUGUUUACAAUUUACUUUCUGUUCGCUACAAUGCAAGGAUUCGUGUAAAGACUUACACUGAUGAACUAACACCUAUAGAUUCUGCCUGUGAUAUAUACAGUGCAGCUAACUGGUAUGAAAGAGAAAUAUGGGAUAUGUAUGGAGUGUUCUUUGCUGAUCAUCCAGAUUUAAGAAGGAUUCUAACAGAUUAUGGAUUUGAAGGACAUCCAUUCCGGAAAGACUUUCCUCUUUCAGGAUAUGUUGAGAUUGAUGCCAGACUUCGAUUUGAAGAACACUUGCACAAAGUUAGCACUAGAGCAGCACAAGUAAUUAAUGAAUUGACCAGUAUUAUACCAAAUCUAGGUGGACCAAAGGAAAAUCAGAGAAAGCUUCUGGUUAAUGUAGCGAGUUCCAUGCUUUUGUACGCGGCACUGAUCUGGGCUGAAGCCUGCCAAGUGAGAUAUGACGAGGAAAAGAAAAGGGUUGUUGUUGAACCUCUAGAAUUAGCUCAGGAAUUUCGAAAAUUUGAACUAUCAAGUCCUUGGGAACAGUUCCCUAACUUCAGAAAUACUGAGCCUGAAGAAAUUAAAAAAGGGGAACAAAAAUGAAAUGAUAAUUGUUCUUGUUAACUAAUAUCUUAGUGUAUAAAUAUUGUUAUUUAUUGUUGAUUAUUAAA